GCUCCGUCUUACCUUUCGCAAAAAGCUAUCUCAAUUCUUCGUUUUCUUUUCCUUUGUGGAUUUCGGGAUUCCCGUUUCGAAUUUCUUAAUCUUGCGUGUGGUUUUUUGUUUUGGUUGAAAGAUUUUGUUUGAAUUUCCGCUUCUUUUUCCCGAUUAUGGAGGUUUCGGUGAUCGGAAAAUCUCAGGCGAAGAUCGGAGGAGUCGAUCUUGGUGCUAGGGAGUUAGGGUUUUUUAAUUCGAAAGUAGAUAGUAAGAACUUCAGCUCGAAGUCGAAGAUCUACUUCGUGAGGAGUUCGAAGUUCGAAAGCUCCAGAAUCCGAUUCUCGACGAAAGCAGUGCAGAUGGAACCGGUUCAGUCCCAAAACGUCGCCGUUGGUAGAAGAUCCAAAUCCGUCAUUACUCAUGGGAUUCUGCUCACUAUUUUGCAGCUUGAUGGGGUAAAAUUGUAUGUCGGUUUGCCGUUGGAUGCAGUUUCUACCUGCAAUACAGUUAACCAUUCUAGGGCAAUUGCAGCUGGUCUCAGGGCUUUGAAGCUGCUAGGUGUAGAAGGUGUCGAGCUUCCCGUUUGGUGGGGAAUCGCCGAGAAAGAAGCCAUGGGAAAAUAUGAAUGGUCGGGCUAUCUCGCUCUUGCAGAGAUGGUUCAAAAUGCAGGUCUGAAGCUACAUGUUUCACUCUGCUUCCAUGCGUCUAACCAACCAAGAAUUCCUCUCCCUGAAUGGGUCUCAAAGAUCGGCGAAUCUGAACCGAACAUAUACUUUACCGAUCGUUACGGGCAGCAAUUCAAAGAUUGCUUAUCGCUCUCGGUGGAUAAUGUUCCUGUCCUGAAUGAAAAGACUCCAAUCCAAGUUUACCGUGAAUUUUGUGAGAGCUUCAAGUCUUCAUUCUCAAAUCUCAUGGGCUCUACAAUCUCGGGCAUUUCCAUGAGCCUCGGACCGGAUGGCGAGCUUCGAUAUCCUUCGCAGCGACAACUGAAAUCACAUGGAGUUGGAGAAUUUCAGUGCUAUGAUGAAAACAUGCUUAGCCAUCUUAAGCAACAUGCCGAAGCAGGUGGGAAUCCUUUAUAUGGACUCGGAGGCCCCCACGAUGCUCCGAGUUAUAACGAAACGCCAGACUCGAACAAUUUCUUCAAAGAUCAUGGCGGUUCAUGGGAGUCUCACUAUGGGGAUUUCUUCCUUUCAUGGUAUUCUAGCGAGCUAAUCGCGCAUGGGGAUCGCCUCCUCUCUCUUGCCUCAUCCGUCUUCAGCGACAUUGAAGCAACCAUACAUGGAAAAGUUCCACUGAUGCAUUCUUGGUACAAAACUCGAUCGCAUCCCAGUGAAUUAACUGCCGGGUUCUACAAUACCGCCAACAGAGAUGGAUACGAGACAGUCGCCGAAAUGUUUGCCAGGAACUCAAGCAAGAUGAUCUUGCCUGGAAUGGACCUAUCAGAUCAGCAUCGGCCUCAGGAAUCGCUUUCGAGCCCCGAGUCACUAAUAGCACAGAUCAAGUCAGCUAGCAGAAAGCACGGGGUAAUGUUAGCAGGACAGAACUCAUCCGAUUCGGGGGCUCCUGGGGGCUUCGAUCGGAUAAAGAACAAUUUGGAAGGCGAGAGCGUAGAGUUGUUCACAUACCAGAGAAUGGGAGCCUACUUCUUCUCUCCAGAGCACUUUCCCUCUUUUGCUGAAUUCGUCCGAAGCGUCCAUCAGCCUGAACUGCAUUCCGAUGAUCUUCCAGUGGACGAGGAAGAAGAAGAAGCUGUCGAGACUUCGCUCGCCAGUUCCGUGCCCGAAGCGCAGAUGCAAGCGGCAUAAGAGAGACCGGAGAGUAACGUAGUAAUGUAAAUAUGGAGCGUAUAGGUAAGAUCGUUGAUUAUAAACUGCAUUAUGAAGUUUGAUAGCAAAAGCUGUGAAUAAGUAAAGCUUGAGAAUAGUGGCUUAGAUUUUUGAGGAUUUAUAUAUAUUACCGUCCUCCAGAAAGCAGCUAUGCAUAUGCUUCUGCUUGUGAUUCUAAAUUAGAUGUCCAGAAAGAUUCUGGUCUACUUCAAACCAAGAGAUACUUCAAGAUCAUAUUUUGAUUUAUUAAAUUUCAGUGAUUUGGACAACUUAA